AUGGCGCGUGCCUGUCCCAGCGAUCACGUCCAAUCCGUGCGGCGCUUUGUGGCCCUCUUUGGCGACCUCGGGGUGCUUUGGAUGAACAACUUCUGCGAAACGGAGCAGGAGCCCACUGCCAGACACCACCUGCGGCGGAACUUCCCGGAGACGGGAGAUGCCACAGCUUGCAGCCACUUCAACAGUUCUGACAGCAAGCCCGAGUUUGCAAUGAGGAUAUCGAGAGCCGACGGACUGAACAUGUUUCGCAUUUGCUUGCUGUACAGCGUACCAGUCUGCGCUUCAGCGCACUGGGUGCAAGAAUGUCUUGAGCAGAUGUUGGACGUUGGUCGGAAGCAUGCGGUUUUGUACCUCAACAAUCCCAGUAUGGCAUAUUUCCGCGAGCUUGACAAGCAGUUAUAUGUGACUCUGCGUAUCUGUCACUUCCGGCAUGGACCGCCGCUGCUUCCUCACGUUGGACCCGACGAGCCCGAUGUCAGGAUUUCCGACGACUGUAGGCUUGGUUCUUGGACCAGCUGUCACGCAGCUAGCAAGUCAAAGUUCCAAGCUGCCAGCUACAUCCAGGAAUUCCUUAAGCGGUUGGGUCAUAACACCAGAGCCUUUGACAGAUUGGAUGGCCAGAAGCUGGUGCCAUAUCAGUGCGUCAUUCGCAAAGAUGAGUGGCAAACAGUUCGAGGAGAGUUGCUUCAAGCCUUCAGACUCCAGAAGGCGGCAUAUCGUCAUGCCUAUGGGGGUUGCCAUGCACCAGACUUGAAAGAGGACAGGCCCGCUUACCAUCGACGAGACCGGUUCAAGCAGCAAAUACGUUUGGAGCAUCCCUCAAAGCUGCAGCUGGUGGUUCGGCGGACCUUCAUUGACAUUGAGGAUCACCAUGAAAAUGAGUCUGAUCCAGACCUGCAAUUGAGGAGGUCGCGGUCCAUACGAUAA